AACGCGCAACAGCUCCACCAAACCAACAGGCGAGUUGCUCACCGGCCGGCCAAAAUCGCCUCAGCCGCCUCUGGAUCUGCGGCCGCGUUGCCUCGUCGCCGCCAGCAUGGCGCGGGCGCGGCUGGCGAAGGAGCGGCCCGCAAGCGUGCCUGGUAAGACAGCAGACCGGAGCCGGCCGCUCCACUUCGCCGCCUUCCUGCUGCUCGCCGACGCCGCGCUCGUCGCCCUCAUCGUCGCCUUCGUCCCGUAUACCAAGAUCGACUGGGACGCCUACAUGUCUCAGGUCGAUGCUUUUCGGGAGGGGGAGAGGGACUACACCAAGAUCGAGGGCGACACCGGGCCGCUGGUCUACCCGGCCGGCUUCCUCUACGUCUACUCCGCCAUCAAGUUCCUCACCGCCGGCCAAGUGUUCCCUGCUCAGAUUCUGUUCGGCGUCUUGUAUCUUGUCAACCUGAGCCUUGUUUUGCUGCUUUACGUCAAGACUGAAGUGCUUCCUUGGUGGGCUUUAGGUUUGCUUUGCUUAUCAAAGCGAGUUCACUCCAUCUUUGUGCUCCGUCUUUUCAACGAUUGCGUUGCUAUGACGUUGCUCCAUGCUGCUAUGGUCUUGAUUGUCUAUCACAAGUGGUACCUCGGCCUAAUUAUUUUCAGUGGAGCUGUCUCAGUUAAGAUGAACGUGCUCCUUUUUGCUCCAUCUUUGUUUCUACUAAUGUUGAAGGCCAUGAGUAUCAAAGGAGUUUUUCUUGCUUUGUUGGGAGCUGCAGGAGUACAGGUUUUGUUGGGCAUCCCAUUCUUGUUGUCACAUCCUGUUGAGUACAUCUCAAGAGCUUUCAAUCUUGGGCGUGUCUUCAUCCAUUUCUGGUCUGUCAACUUUAAGUUUGUUCCUGAGAAGUAUUUUGUAUCAAAAGAGCUAGCUAUUGGGCUAUUGAUUUUUCACCUCACUACUCUUAUGGUGUUUGCACACUUCAAGUGGUUUAAGCAUGAAGGUGGUUUGUUCCAUUUUGUGUAUUCCAGAUUUAGAGAUGCUACAUCAAUUCAACAGCUCAUUUCGUGCAAGCCUAGACAGUCCAUUCUCAGUAAAGAGCAUAUUGUGACUGUGAUGUUUGUUGGAAACUUCAUUGGCAUUGUGUGUGCCCGAUCAUUACAUUACCAGUUUUAUUCUUGGUACUUCUAUUCAUUGCCUUUUCUGUUGUGGAGAACACAGUUUCCAACAGUAGUAAGGAUCAUUUUGUUUGUUGUCGUGGAGCUCUGCUGGAACGUUUAUCCUUCUACCUCCUAUUCGUCACUACUUCUGUUGUUCGCGCACCUCUUCAUCUUGUUCGGCCUAUGGAGUUCGCCUGCUGAGUACCCCUAUGCCAAUAAAAAGGAAAAGGCGGACAGGGAGAGUAAAGAAUCGGGCAAGGCAAUGGUUUCUAUGGCUUUUUUUUUUGAGGUUUCUAUGGCAGUUUUUUUUUUUGAGUUGAUUCUAUGGCAGAUUGGCAGGCAAAGACUGGCUUGUCUUCUUCAUGGACUCUGUCGCACAAGGCCUUUGAUAAAUUCAGCGGCCCACAAGGCCACAACCGAGCCCACAGCCCACAGCCCACAGGCACACUCGUUUCGUUCCGACUUCCGAACAGCCACCCCCGCGACCAAAACCUCGCUCGUUUCGUUCCCCAAUCUCCUCCUACCUAGCGCGGCGGACCGGCGGACCGGCGGCGAAGCGCGGAAGCCGGAAGGCCAGCACCGCGGCAGGCAAGAGGCGGCGCGGCGCGAAGCAGCGGAGCCGGCGACCAGGCUCAGGAUCCGGGCGUUCCGUGCGAUGGGCGGCGGCGGCGGCACAGAGGAAGAGCUGACGGCACAGGAGACAGCGCUCUAUGACCGUCAGAUCCGCGUCUGGGGCGUUGAUGCACAGAAGAGGCUAAGUAAAGCACAUGUGCUUGUGUGCGGCGUGAACGGUACUACUAUUGAGUUCUGCAAGAAUAUUGUUCUAGCAGGAGUUGGCAGUUUAUCCUUGAUGGAUGAUCACAUAGUCACUGAGGAUGAUCUCAGUGCAAACUUCCUAAUUCCUCAUGACAUAUGUAUGCAUGGUGUUAGCUCACGAGCUGAGGCUUGCUGCGAGUCCUUGAAAGAUUUCAAUCCAAUGGUCCGAGUUGCUGUCGCAAUAGGUGAUCCAUCACUAAUUGAUGAAGGAUUCGUUGACAGGUUCGACAUUAUUGUAGUUAGCUGUGCAUCUCUUAAAACAAAGUUGUUCAUUAAUGACAACUGCCGGAAGAGAAGCAAGCAUAUUGCCUUCUACUCUGUAGAGUGCAAGGAUUCUUGUGGUGAAAUAUUUGUUGAUUUGCAGAACCAUAGUUAUCUUCAGAAGAAGCCUGGAGGCGAACCUGAACAGCAGGAGUUGUCAUAUGCUAGCCUGCAGGAAGCUAUUUCUGUGCCCUGGAAGAAUCUGCCCAAGAAAACAACUAAAUUGUACUACGCCAUGAGAGUCUUGGAAAGUUAUGAAUUAUCUGAAGGGCGCGAGCCUGGCGAGACAACACUUUCUGAUCUACCUGCAGUUUUGGCUCAGAGGAAGGAUAUGUGUGAUAGAAUGUCUUUAAGUGAGUCUCAAAUUCCUACGGCUCUCCUGGAACGGCUUUUAGCAGCUGGAAAGAAGGAACAUCCUCCUGUAUGUGCAAUCCUUGGUGGCAUUCUUGGUCAGGAGGUGAUCAAGUCAAUAUCUUGUAAGGGCGAUCCGAUCAAGAAUUUCUUUUAUUACGAUGCAGCUGAUGGUAAAGGGAUCAUGGAGGACAUCCCCCCAACUCCCGUAGAGCAAUUCGCGUGAUGCCUAGCUCACAUUGGUCAUUAAUCGCUGAUUAUUGUACCCAGUCAUUAGAGCCGAACAUGUGACAACUUAUCAUGGCCGAGGCAGAAAACUCAUAUUACCUCUGUCCCAAUUUUUUGGUCAGGAUAUGGAUGUAUCUAACACUAAAACGUGACUAGAUACAUCUAUAUCUAGACAAAUUUAAGACGAGAAUUUAGGGACGGAGGGCGUACUUAACAUUUCAGCGUUGGCACCCCAGUAUUGUAUUUAACAGAAUUGACAUUCUCUUGAUCUUCUCUGAACAGUUUUAAAGCUGAAGUCAGCCAGAUUUUCAUUCU